AUGCCGCCUCCCAACUCGGCAUCACACGGCACUCCAGCGCUGUCCCCGACGACGCCUGCACCUGGUUCGUCAUCGCACCCCGACGACGACUGGAACUUCGAUACCUACAUCACCGUGGAGAGCAGUAACGCCCACGACGAGAAUGUAAACUUCCUUCGCUCUCGCUCCCUACUGUACAAUCCGUUGUUACCAGCCCUCAGCCGACAUCGCCAACGCCGAUACCCUACAUCUUACUCGCAGCCGAUGGAAGACGAAGAAGAUCGCAUGGAGGUGGAUGAACCCAACGUGCACGUACCAGUCGAGAUCACCCAUCGCAUCCCUAUUGUACGUCGUUCACACGGAGAUACCACUUCUACCAAUAUGCCCACCUAUGAGGGUCGCCGAUCAAAUACCCGAUCGCUCUAUGGCUGGGCGCCCGGGUCAGAUGAUGAGGAUGAGGACACUCGCCGUGCCAACGAAUCAGAAGACGAACAGAUCCAGCCCUUCCUCCAUGCCAUUUCAGACCGCAGUACGUCAUCAAGUCGACCCCGGCGACGUGAGCCGACAGGUCGCACACCACCCACCAACGCUGCGGACAGAGAGGAAACACCUGAUAGAGAAAACCCGUCUCGGGAUCCCCCGCUCUCGACGAUGGAGGCCCUGUUGCAGUCGGCAAGGCGACAACCCCGGUUAUCACGAACACGCACGUUGGAAAAUUACCUCCUGGAUAGAUACAGUCGGGCCAACGAAGAGUCAGAAGAAACCGAGCGACCGGCAGCGGGUUCGUCCUCCUCCCGGGCAUACCGAUACCGCCCCACGAACCGAGGUGAAUCGCAUCGGAUCCUCACUCACAGUGAUUUGCGUGCUCGGGCUGCCGCACACCGGCAGCUAUAUUCUGGAAGCCCUGGGGACACGCUAUUGAAGGAUACAAUCAACUACCUCGAUUAUCUGCGCUAUUCUAACUCCGUUGAGGAAAGUAUCAGCUCGGCUCACGCAAGGGGUUUCCUGUCACCAGAGAACUUUUCCAGUGACUUUAUUCUUGAUACAAAUACUAUUGCUCCACCAGCAGCCUCUUCUUGGCUCCAGCCCGGCGUUGUCUUCACUGGCUGUCAAAGGGCUGCAAAUGCAGGCUGCUCGGUCAUGUCAGCGCGGGUACCAAGUCCGAAUGCACCAAGUGACCCUGUCAUUGUCAAUGGGAGUGAUAGCAACGCUCGAAUUACUGUGUCCACGAGUAGUGGAAGGCGAUACCAAGCCAACCCUCGAGACGAGAACUGGCCCGUCAAGGUCACCAUUCACCAUAUAAACUACAGCGAAAUGACCCUCUCUGGCACAAUGGAGGCCUACAACAUUCCUGACAAGACGUCCCCAACUCAAGAUGCGCAUAUCGUGACGUUCUUGGAAGGAGAAAUCAUCGAUUUCAACAAACAUACUCUCGAGACAAAGAACUUCAAAGCAGAUGCGGACACCGACUCCACCUAUUGGCGAGAGCUCCAACCAUUUAAGGACUUGUCGGAUGCGGACAUAGCCAAGAACCUUGUCAGUCGUACAUGGAUCACCGAGAAACUAACGCAAGGGUGGAUCUUGAUGCGAUGGAAGGAACGAUGUUUCAUCACCCCGACAGAUUCGCGUCAAGGUCUUACUAUCUCUGGCUUUUACUAUAUCUCUCUUUGCCGAGAAAAUGGUCAAAUCGAGGGUCUCUACUAUGAUCCGGGAAGCUCGCCGUAUCAACAACUAUCAUUAAAACCGGAAAGUCCCAUGAUGACCCGUCCAUCUUAUUCUUUCCGGUAG